UUGGGCCACUGUGUGUAUAAACAACAUGGCCAACAACAACAACAACAAUUACGACCACCAAGAAUUAAAGAACAUCCUACUAGUAUGGUUGUUAAAAAACAUGAACCAGUACAAUUAAAUUGUAAAGCUGAUGGUAAUCCACCGCCAAUUAUUGAAUGGUAUAAAGAUAAUGUAAAAGUAGAACCAUCACCAUCAUCAAAUCCAAUGAUAUUAGGUGAUUCAUUAUUCUUUCUACAUGUAAGUGGUGGACGUAAAGGUGACCAUCAUCAUAAUGGUGAUACUGGUACAUAUUAUUGUCUAGCACGUAAUGAAGUUGGUAAAGCUAUAAGUCGUAAUGCAACAUUGGAAAUAGCUUUGUUAAAAGAUGAAUUUCGUGUAUUGCCCAUCAAUACACAAGUAGCACAAGGAAAAACAGUCAUAAUGCAAUGUUCACCACCAAAAGGUCGUCCUGAACCAAAUGUUCAUUGGUUACAUGAUGGACAAAAAAUUUAUAUGGAUUCAGGUCGUUUUCGAUUGGAUGGUACAAAUCUUGUUAUCAAUGAUGUGAUGAAAGAUGAUCAAGGACAAUAUCAAUGUAUUGCAAAAAAUAUGAUUGGCGUACGUGAAUCACCGGCCGUAACGCUCAAAGUAUUAGUUGAACCAUAUUUUAUAAGGCCACCAGAUAGUAUAAAAACAAUGGCCGGUACUGAUAUUAUAUUUCAUUGUCAAGUUGGUGGUGAUCCAAAGCCAGAAAUUUCUUGGCAUAAAAUUGAAGGUGAUAUAGCCAUUGACAAAUCACAAAUCCUCGAAGAUAAAGCGUUAAAAAUACAUCAGGUUAAAAUAUCCGAUGCUGGGACCUAUGUUUGUGAUGCUGAAAAUGCAGCCGGAAAACUAACAAAAUCUGCAACAUUAAUUGUCAAUUCUCAUCCAACAUUGAUAACCAAUCCGAAAACGAUACAAGCAUUAGUGAAUGAUGUAGUACAUAUAGAAUGUAUGGCAAAUGGAAAUCCUGAGCCAUUGUAUUUUUGGCAUAAAGAAAGUGCUCAUCUUCUAAUGUUUCCCGGUCAUCAAUAUGGCAAAUAUAAUUUAUCGAAUGACGGCCGAUUAACCAUCACUAAUCUAGCCAGACAAGAUCAAGGAUAUUAUCUAUGCUCAGCUAUAUCUACUGUUGGUUCAACAAUGUCACGAACAUAUCUAAAAAUAUUGGAUCGAAAUGAUGUGCCUCCACCACGUAUUCGAUUGGGCGCAACCAAUCAAACAUUGCCUUUAGAUACGAAAGCAUUUUUACCAUGUGAAGCAACAUCUUCAUUAUCGGUGAUUUCAAAUAUGAUUGAUGCCGAUCCAAUAACAACUCAAUGGCUAUACAAUCAGAUACCAAUACAUAAUGAUAGCCGUUUCCAAAUCACAAGAACUGGACUACAUAUACAAAAUAUUCAACGUAUCGAUUCCGGUAUUUACACUUGUCUAGCCACCAGUCAAUUGACGGGUAGUUCCACUAGCUGGACAGCACGCCUUUCAGUUGAAUCACCCCGAAAUCCGAAUAUUAAUUUUUCAAAAAUGCCACAUCCAACAAUGUUUCCUGAAGCUCCCACAAAACCAUCGAUUGUCAAUGUUACAGAAACAUCAAUAACAUUAAGAUGGCAACGUAGCACCAGCAUAAGUAAUAGUGGCUCAUCUGCAGCUACACAUCUUGGUACAACAAUUGAAGCUUAUAGUCCAGAUUUUCGUAAUCAGGGUUGGUUUUCCGUUGCCAAUCGAAUUGUUGCCGAUAUAUUCACUGUAAAAAAUUUACGUCCAAAUACACGUUAUAUAUUCUAUGUUCGUGCACAGAACAUACAUGGAAUGGGUUUGCCUAGUGAUGUAUCCGAUGAAGUUCAUACGACAGAUCAUCAGAAAUUAUCAUCAUCACCGAUGAAUGAAGAGAUGAUUAUCGCUCAAGCUCGUACAAUAUUGAAUAAUAUACAAAUUAAAUUACGCGAUGCUCGUUCCAUAUCUUCUACAUCAAUCAAAUUGUUCUGGAAUGUUGUUGGAAAUGGAGAUUUUAUCGAUGGCUAUUAUAUUCGAUUUGAAAAUAUUGACAAUAUCAAUGAUCAAUUAUCAUCAUCAUCAUCAGUGAAUGGAGCUAAAUUCAAUAUGGUAACCGUUUUUGGUGGAUCAACAUAUACAUAUAACAUACAAGAUCUAAAUAAAUAUACGACAUAUCGAUUCUUUGUUAUGCCAUUUUUUCGAAAUGUUGAAGGCCGUCCAAGUAAUAUCGUCAUUGAACGUACUUAUGAAGAUAGACCAUCAGCACCACCAUAUUCAAUAACAGCCAAAGUAAUCAAUUCUACGUCGGCCAUCGUUGAAUGGUUACCACCAAUCGAUCAAAAUCGAAAUGGAAUCAUAUUAGGCUAUUAUUUACAGAUUUUUGAAAAUAAUAGCUAUCUAUACGCAAAUCUUUCUUUAGAUUCGACAUUCAAUUCUAUUGCUCUUCAUAAUCUAACCAUUGGUUCAAUAUAUUCUAUACAAAUGUCAGCAUUUACGUCGAUUGGUAAUGGUCCACUUAGUUUGCCUAUUUAUUUGAGUAUGGAUGGUGACAACAGUUAUAAUGGCCAAAUUGGUUAUAAUGGAUCAUCAGAUAGCGAGAACAAUCAAAACGAAUAUCUAUUAUCACCAAUAUUCUGGGCAUAUGUUAUCGCUAUUCUUAUGGCAAUCAUUCUAUUUAUUUUAGCCGUACGAUUAGUAUUAUUUUAUUCAAAUCGAAAGAAUAGUGUUAAAUCAAUCUAUGAAAAAGCGGAUGAAAAUUUUAGCGAAAAUUUUGCCAAAUACGAUACAAGUAAUAGUUCGAGUAAAUAUUCCAGUUGUCCAGAUAAUAAUGAAUAUGCAGAAGUGAAUGAUUUUAAACAUUAUGGUCAACCACUACAACAACAACAACAAAAACAUCAACACGGUGAUGACAAUAUAAAUGCUGAACCAUAUGCAAUGACACCUUUGAUUGAAAAAUCAAUCAAUAAACAACAACAGCAACAACAUUAUGAUAAUAUAACAUCGUUUAAACCGAAACAAACAAACAAUUUAAUAAAUAAUGAUUCAUUCAGUGAAUCACCAUUACUAAAUACAAAUCAUCAUAAUCAUCAUCAUUUAACAACGACGGAUAUGAUACAUCCAUUGAAUGGUCGACAGCCAGUUCUUGUUACCCAUUUAAAUGGUAAUGGUAAAUGUCAAACAUCAUUUCAAAAAAUGAUAAUGAUGACGACAAUGAAUGAUCAUCAUCAUCAUCAUCAUCAAUCCUCAACACAACCAUUAUCAUCAUCAUCAAGAACUACAAAUGUUGGCUUCAAUAUGUUCAAUACAGAUUUUGAUGCUACCUCAAACAUUAGAACCAAUAAAUUUACCGACAAUAAUAAUGAUGACGAUAAUGAUGAUGAUGAUAAUGGUGGUGUUGAUAAUGAUCAAAGGAUACAAUUUGUACAUGAAAUUCAAAAACAAAAACAACAAAAUAGUCUACCAUCGGGUAGAUCGAUUCCAUUCUUAUAUCGAAAUGAUUUAGAUUCAUUACCAAUUGGUUAUAGCCGAAACGAUGGUCGCAAUCAAUUGAUGACAUUCAAUCAACCACCAUCAUCACAUCAUUCACCUAUCAAUAAUGGCCACAUAUUAUCAUCAUCCGUUGCACGAAUCAUAAAUAACCCCAUAUCAUCAUCAUAUGAUUCUGGUUCCGAUUGUUCAUCAUCGAAUGGUAAUAAUAAUAACAAAAAUUAUAAUUCAAAUCAUUAUUAUGCAUCAAGUGAAAUUAUUGGUAGUGGUGGUGGUGGUGGCUUACAAUCAACGACACUCAAUGAUUCAACUUCUUCUCAUUCCAGUUCGUUGGCUAGUAAAACAACUGGUCCAUUAUUAUAUAAUUGUGAUAACCAAUAUGAUCCUCAUUAUCAUCAUCAACAACAACAACAACAACAACAACAUGCAAAUGAUUCGAAUAUGAACAAUAUACAUGAUCAGAUGGCCAAGAAUAGAAUUCAUAAUAAAAAACGUAAUAAACGUAAAACGACUAUUAGGAAUGAAUGAUGUUAAUAUCUCUGUUGUGUUUUUGCGAUGAAUGCUUCCAUUCUUGUACAUUUUUUUUCUAAAAUCAAUUAAUUUAUUAAUAAUUGAUUGUUGACCACUCUA